UGACCAUUAACCGUUUACUUUUUGUUAUUCGACCGAUCAGAAGCAUAUUUUUUUACUUUUAAAAUGUGAGGAUAAUUAAAGAUUUAACUUUACAUUUUAACAGUCACUUUCUGAAUUUUAUGUUUAAGUUUCUAUGUAAUACGUUUGAGUUACGGCUAGUUGAUGUUGUUAAUUGUCUAUAUGUGACAAUUUUUUUCUUCGGACCGUAUAUUUUGAUAAAUUAUUUACUAAGUUUAGUGGCCAUUAUAUUCAUUAGAAACCUAAUUAUUUUCCUUCACGUGUAUAUUAUUUAUGAUUAAGUGAUAAAUAAAAAAACAAUCAUGUUGAGUGGCAAUAACACUGGAGUAUUUCAUUCGAAAAAUGAUAUUGAUCGCUAUGUUCAAGAACAGUUGAAGGGUAUCUCCGAUGAUCACGAGAAAAAGAAAAAAGGAUUAUAUUUUGCUCGUAUGUACUUCAAAAUAUCUGAAUUUAAACUAGCUGAACAGUAUUUAACUACUUAUUUGACUGUAAAUAAAAAUUCUCUCGAAGGCCGUCGUCUACUUGGUCACUGCUAUAUUCAACUUGGAAAUAAAGAAAAAGCUAUUAAUGAAUUUCAAAAAUCAUUAAAUAUUAAUCCUAAUCAACCUGAACUAUUGUUGACUUGUUGUGAAAUUUUAGUUGAUCCUUGUUUUAAAUUCAAUAAAAAUAUAUCUAAUAAAAUUUGUAAACAAGCUGAAGAUUUAUAUCCAUAUCAUCCUGUAGUACAUAAACUGAGAGAUAGAUUAGUGAUCUUAAACAACAACAGUGAUUUAACUGUUAUUGAACAUCUUAAUGCUGAAAUUUUGGAAAAGCCAAAUGAUACAUAUCUAAAAAUAAAAUUGUUAAAAUUGCUUGUAAAUUUAAAUCGUUUAUCAGAGGCUUUUAAUGAUAUUGUUAAUGUAGAAAAGACUAUGAGAUAUCAAAUAGAUAACAUCGAAUGGUAUUUAACAGCAUCUCAAAUAUGUGAGUCUUAUGGAAGUUCUUACCAAGUAAAUUGGGAAUUUUACACAAAAGUGUUGCCUAUUUAUGAACAUCUUAUUUCAUUGAAAAUAUUACAUGGAAACAUUAAUGCUGAAACUAAGUUAAAUGAUGAUAUUGAGUGUUACAAAUAUAUUUAUAGACUAGAUCAAGCUUUGUACCAAGCCAAAAAAUUGCCAUCUGCUCAAACUGAAUUUUAUCGAAAUUUAAUAAACCAUAUGUCAAAUCAAUUGUAUUUUUACUUAGGUUGUCUUAUAAUGAAAAGUGCUAAACUUGAACAAAAUUUAUCUUGGCACAACACAAAUAAAUUGGCAUCCUUUUUUUUUAUUAUGUCAUUGGCACCAACAGUUGACAAAAAUGCAUUUGAUAAUGAAUUUGUCAAUGAUGCUUGUAAAGAACGAAAGUCAUUUGUUGCUCUUUUGGAGUUUGAAGGUAUAAAAAGAAUAAUUGAAAGUGGGUUUAUUUUACGAUCAAUGGUAUCUAUUGAAACUGAAAAUUUUAUAGAAAGUAUCAAAAAUAUGUAUUCUAAGGAUUGGAAAUUAAAUACAUACAAAAAAAUAUUUAUUGGCGUUGAACAACCAAUAAACACAACAAGAUCAUUUUUUAUCAAAUAUUCACCUGAAAAAUUAAUAUACGUUAUUCCUGAAUUUAUUCAAUAUGCCCUUCCAAAACACAUCUCAUCUUUUGAAAUGAGUCGCCCAAGUUCACUACACCAUUUAGUUUGGUAUGGAUUGCAAUUAUUACAAUGUGAAAGCAAAGGUUCUGAAUUUAUCUUAACCAAAGAUGCCGUAUUUCCUGUUGGUUUUUGUUGCAAUGGGUUCAAUGAAGUACCUUUGGUUUCCAAAACUAUUUUAUCCCUAGAUGUACAAACAAUUAGUCUAAUUGAUAUAAAUACAUUUUUGUAUGCUGCAGUUUUCACUGCAGCAUCAAUUCUUGAUAGUAAUAAACAGAAAAAAGGUAUAAAAUAUUUUCCAACACUACCAUCAGAUAUAACUGAAUUAUUGACUACCCAUAAUCAAGAAAAUUGGUGGAAAUCAGUACAUGAAAUAUAUUCAAAAAAUAAUAAAGAUUCUUCUUUAAAAAAUGUUAUAUCAUAUGGUUUAGGUGCUGUACGAUUGAUUGAUAAUCAUGGACUUGAUGCACAACUUAUUGUUCAUUUAGCCAAAAAUUUUGUUAAUCAGUGCAAUAAAGUAAAAAAUAAUCAUAUUUUUAAAAAAGCACUAGAAAUAAGAGCUGUUCAUUAUUGGAAAGUAGCUGUUCAGUUGCUAGAGAGAAUAAUUCAUCAUGGAAUUGAGCAACGUCCAAAAAAUGCUUUAUUUGAAUUUUACAGGAAAGUUUUAACUUUGAAAGAAGUAUCAGAUAUGUUAGAAGAAGGCAAAUUUUAUUUAGCGUGUCACAUGAUGAAAAAUAAUAAAAAUGAAGAAGCUGUUGAACUAUUUAAAACAUUAAAAUCCCCUUAUGCAUCAUUCCAUCAAGCCUUGAUUUAUAAAAAAAAGUUGAAAUCAGAUAUUGGAGUAUCUAAUUCUAAUUCUUACAAAUUUAGUACUAUUACUCUAUUGGCUAAAAUUAAAGAGCUUUUAAAUCUUACUAAAGAACGACUAAAAGAUAAUCCUCAUCAUCCGUUGAAUUACCAAGUGAAAGAAGAAAUUUUAGAAUUGAAGUUUGAAACUGACGUAUAUGACAUAGAAAAAGAUUCAAUGUUAGAUUCUGGAGAAGAGUUCUUAAAUGAUAUAAAUAUAUUAAAUAAAAGAUGUCACAUCAAUUUUUCUUAUCAAAAUAAUACCAGCACUCCUAAUAGCACAUCGCAAAAAUUUAUGGAUAAUUCAAAAAUUAGUCAGAGAUUUCUAGUUGAAGAUUCUAUUUUAAAAGUAUUAAAUGAACUUACAGCAUUUACACAAUCACAGAAUAUUCAAAAUCAAACAGUUUGUCAACAAUACAACAAUUUAAUGGAGAAAACAAAUUCCAUUUCUGAUAAAGUUGAUAGAUCAUUUGAACAAUUAACUAAGUCUAUAGAUUCCAUUUCUAAUAAAAUUAAUGAUUUAUCUAUACAUUUUUCUAAGUAUUCUAUUAUAGAAAAAUUCAUUGAAAAAUUUAAUGAAUUUGAAGUUAAUUUAUUUGAUAAAAUAAACAUUUUAAAUAAAACUAUUCAUGUUCAUCAUAUAGAUGAUUUGUGUAUACAUUCAAUUAUAGAGGGAUUAAAGCAAAACACUUUAAAUGCAAAUUCUCUUGUAUCACCUUGUGUUAAUACACUUAUUAAAAAUGAUGUGGUGUUGAACCAAUCAAAUGAAAAACUUUCAAAUCCUAUCAUAAUGUCUUCUGAUAGUGGUACAAUUAGGUCAUCUAGUUUUCAAUAUUUGCCGAGUAAAUCUGAAGAAAAUUUGGAUAGUGAAUCAACUUUAGAUUCUAAUCUGAAGAAUUUAAAUAUGUUUAAAUUUUCAUUGGAACCUUCCUUAAAUAAAUCAGAACUUUUAUAUAAUAUAAAAUAUAAAGAAAAUAAUCCAAUUACAGAAUUUAAGCCAGCCAUACAAUUACCUGACAAAACAAAAGAAUGUACUGGUGAAGAAAAUGAUACUAUUUUAUUUCAAUGCAGAGCAAAAUUAUAUAAAUAUACUGAUAAAAAAUGGAAAGAAAAAGGUAUAGGAAUAUUAAAAAUUUCGAGAAAUAAUAAUAGUAAUAAAGUUAGAUUGGUUAUGAGAAGAGAUCAAGUUCUGAAAGUUUGUGCUAACCAUUAUUUAUAUCAAGAUAUGAAAUUGAAAGUUAAAAAUGACAAAGCAGUAUUGUGGAUAGCCAAUGAUUUUUCAGAUUCUGUUCAAACACAGCUUGAAUAUUUAUGUGCUAGAUUCAAAACAGUUGAUGAUUGUAAAGAAUUUAUUAAGACUUUUAAUGACAGUAAACAAUUAUUAGACUUAAAUACUUCAUCAAUUAAAAGCUCUGAUUUGUGCGAAAAAAACAAUUCAAUAGAACUUGUAUCAGAUGAACAUACAUUUAGUUUUCCACCUGCUUCUACUAUAAUAUAUAAACCUGAGAUUAAAGUAAACAUAGAUAAAUGGAUGAAUGGACAUUUUUCAAAUUUUAAAUUCUUUAAACCAUCAUUGAAUAAUUCAGGUGCAUCAAUAUUUAAUUUGCCAGUAACUGAAUUGUCUGAUGACUUAAAAAUUGAUUUUUCCAAAAAAUCAUGUGUUUCAUUACCCAAAGUUAAAAGUUUUGAAAUAGAAAAUUUAAAUAAAAAAUCUAGUGAACCUAAUUCAACUAAGAUACAUCACUUAGCACUUUUAGGUAGUCCAUUAGGUAAGACACUUGUACAGGAGUCUGUGUUAGAAAAAUCUCAACAUUCUUAUGAAGAAAGUGAAGUAAUAGUAACUGAAAAGACAAACAUUCCUAUUGAUUCUUUGAAUGAAGAAAUAACUGACGAAAAUACUUUAAAUAAAAAAAAAAAAACCUAUAAAUUUAAUUUAAAUUUCACACCUAACUCUGAUAAGAUUAUUGAAAUUUCUGAUUUCAGAUCGUGUAACACAAAUUUGCUAACUUCUGAUUGUAAUUCAUCUGAUUUCAGUAAUUCCUCGGGAGAUAUUAGUCAAGUUCUUGAUAACAGCAAAAAUUCUUCAAAUAUUUUGUUAAAAUCAUCUACUUUGGUUGAUGAUAAUGUUCUCACAAUUGACAAAGAAAAAGAAGAUUUACUCCCAACUGUUAAAUUCAUACCAGUAAUAUCAUUGCCAAAAAAAAUUGAUGUUGUCACUGGUGAAGAAAGACUUGAUGUAUUUUUUGAUGAUCGGGCAAAAUUGUUACGAUUUGAUCCUUCUUCAAAAGAAUGGAAAGAAAGAGGUGUUGGCCAAAUAAAAAUUUUGUAUAAUUCGGAGCAUGAUUAUUAUCAAAUAUUAAUGAGGAGAGAAAAUAUAUUUAAAAUAUGUUGCAAUCAAAGAUUGACCGCAGAUUUAAAUCUUAAACCUAUUAAGUCUUGUGACAAAGCAAUGUCAUGGAUAGGUCAAGACUUUUCUGAUGGUGAAAGCAAAAAAGAGUUAUUUGCCAUUAAAUUUAAAACAAUAAAUCAAUUAAACAAAUUCAAAAAAAUAUUUGAUGAAGUUAAAAAAGAAAAAAGUAAAAAUUCUAUGUUUAUAUCAUAUAAUAAUGAAACAAAGUCAGAUAAAUCUACUGAAAUUAAUAACAAAUUAAAUACUCAAAAUUGUAUUCAAGAGCUACCUAAAUUGAAUAAUUUAAACCAAUUUAAAUUAAAACCCGGUUCAUGGAUUUGUGAAGAAUGCUAUUUAUAUCACGAGACAAGUAUUAUAUCUUGUCCGGCAUGUAAAACAAAAAAAAGUGGUUCUACUUUAAACUCAAAAUCUGAUUGUAAUCCAUCUAAUAGUUUUUCUUAUGAACUAUCAAUUUUUACAUCGCCAUCAAAGCUAAGUGUUUCCCAAAAAAAUUCAGAAAAUAUUGGUCUACCAUUUCAAACCAAGUUUGAACAAAUGAAUAAAACUACUGUUGACUUAAUUAAACAACCAAAACAAAUUGAAGAAGAAAUAAAGGGGAAAUCACAGAUCAAAUGUAGUUCUGAUAAAAACAAAAAGAACAGUCAUGAUGAAUCAGAUGAUGUUAAGCAUAAUGCACAAGAAUUUAAGGCGGAAUCUGAUAAAUUUCAGUUAACACCUUCUAAUGAAAAUGAUGAUAUCCAGUUCAUUGAAGUUAUAGAUUUAAAAGGUAUUAUACCUUAUGAAGAUCAAAUUGUAGCUGAAAACAUGAAACUUCCAUUGUCUUUUUUUUUAUAUAAAUUAAAACCUGAUUGCAAAGGAUGUAUUGGUUGUUAUAAAGAUAAUGAUGAAGAUUUGGUUAUUAACAAAAUAAUGUCCAAAGUUAAUUAUGACAAGGAUAAAGAAAAUACUAAUGUCAAUGAAGAAACUUUAAUAGAUAUCACUGACAUAAACAAAACAUCAACUGAUGAUUUGUCACAGAUUUUUCCUUUGGAAUCUUCAUUAUUUGACAAUGAAUGUCUUGCGGAGGUAUCUUUUCCAUCUAAUAGUUUGUUUUUAGGAAAAACUUCAUCUAAUAAACCUGUUUUUGAAUCAAAAACAAAGAUUAUGAGUACGAAAACAGAUUUGUCAAAAUGUGACGAUGUAAAUAUAUCUAAAACUGAUAAAAAAGAAUCAACUAAUGUAUUGUUUGAAUAUCCUACAUCUAUUAUUCAAAGUAAUUUACCUCCAAUAUUAAAAAGUGCAAGUUUUUUUUUUUGUAAGACUGACAAUAUAACAUCUGAAAAUGUAUUGUCAUUUGGUCCAAAAAUUGAUAACUCGAUAACAUUUCAACAAAUAUUAAAUGACUUCAAACCUAUAUUUGGACAAAAUUUAUUGGAAGAGAAAAAAUCAGACAAAUGUUUAUCCAAAAUUAAUUUUUAUAACGGUAAAUCAAAUUUCAAAAAUGUUUCUACUUAUGAUGAAAACGGUGAUGGAAUAAAAGAUAAUGGUGAGAAAAAACAGCAAGAUUUAAUAGAUAACAAUAAUUUUUACUUUAAACCAAAGAUUCAUGUAACUUUUACUUCAGAUAAAAGCAAAGCAUUAUUAUUUUGUGGAUGGUCCCAACUUUUUCAAAAAGAGAAUGUUGAAUAUAAAGAGAAAGGCACUGGUCAUAUUAAAAUUCUCCAUCAUCAAGAUCAUAAAAUUUAUCGCCUUCUUUUUGAAAGAGAAAAAGUAUCUGAAGCUGUUUGUAACCAUUUGAUAACAUCAGACAUGAUGUUGAUUCCUGUGAUGAUACCUAAUAAAGUAUUUUGCUGGAGUUGUAUAAAUACUUCUGAUAAUAAUAAUAAAGUAGCACAAAAAGAAAUAUUGGCAGUAAGUUUUGAAAGUGAUGACUGGGCCAAUAAAUUUAAAGAUAUUUUUGAUGACUGUGUUUCAAAAUUAAGUAAUAAUAUACAAUGAUUUUCUUGUUUCAUUAUACAUAAUAAAAUAAUUUAGUUAAUAGUUAUUUUAAAAAAUUAGAUUUUAUCUUCUAAAGUAAAAUGAAUUUUUAGAACGAGUUGUUACAUAAAUUAUAUUAAAUUGGUGAAAAGUCAUCACUGCAAUUUAAAAUUUGUAUAUUUUUUUCAAUUAUCUUUUGAAAAAUUUGUUAAUGAUCAUUAUAUUUUCUUGAAACACAUUUUUAUUUAAAUCUUACAGAGAAAUUUUUUAUCUAAAUCUUUUCUAUUAUGUAUGUUUUAUAUCUAUUAUUUGUUAAUUACAUUGACUAUUAUAAAAAAUGUAUAAUA